GGGGGCUAGGAUGAAAAAUUUUGUCCUGCCUUUUUAUUUUUCCCUCUAUUCGGUCCUGCCUUUUUAUUUUUCACUCUAUUCGGUCCUGCCUUUUUUUUUUUUUAUUUAUCCUGACUUUUUUUUUUACAUAAAUUGUCAUCCUGCCUUUUUUUUUGCAAAUAAUCUCAUCCUGCCUUUUUUUUUACUCAAAACUCCUGUCCUGCCUAUUUUUUUCAAAUUUCAUCCUAGCCCCCCCAUGAAAAUCAAAUGGUAGCUCCCUUAUCAACUUUUACUUUCGCUUUUACAUAUUUUCUGGAAAUUAAUUUGCCUGCUAGUGUUAUUGCUGGUCCUUCCGGUCGUCAAACAUUGACAGUUAUAAGUAUACAUACAAUGAACAUUCACCUGUCUUUGCAAAUGGAGUGUGCCAGGUGUCAGAGAUCAGGAAUAACUUUAAAGCGAUGCACUGGGUGUUACAUGGUUUCUUAUUGCUCUAAGAUUUGUCAAAGAGCAGGUUGGGUUGAACAUAAAUUGACAUGCAAUAAAACAAAUAUACAAACGAUCAGUAGCAAAAGGGAAACUUUUAACAAAUCUACAGAAAAUGUACCAAAUGAACAAUCCGAAGGCUUUAAUACAUCGAUGGAUGGCGAAAAGAUAGAAAUUGGGAAAAAUGAGUGUCAAACAAAACCAAAAAUACAAAUUAUGAAGCCACAAAGUGAAAACCAGAAAUUGCAGCCAACGAUCAAAACAAUAAUCAAAAGUGAAACUAAAAAUGAUCAAACCGUAUGCUCUGUUUGCGAGGAAAGUACCGAUAAGAAAUGCUCAAAGUGCAAAAAGGUAUUUUAUUGUUCCAAGGUAUGCCAGAGGAAUGAUUGGAGAAAUCAUAAAUUAACCUGUCUAAAUCGGGAAGGCAACACCGAACAACAUUCGUCUUUUGGUGCAGGGUUUUCAACAUUUAGUCCGUUCUCGUCAUUUUUACAGCAAGAAAAUCUAUCCAUGACUGCAAUUACUACUGAAGAAAAAUUCCAGAGAGCUAUUAAACUGGCACAGAAUCGGUUUCCAUUCCAAAAGAUUGUGUGUUUGCUAGAAGAAGUUCAAACUGAAAACAUUUUCUUUCGCCCACAAACGCACGAUGUCCUGGUUGCUUUUAUAACCAGAUAUCAUCAUUACCGACAACGACAUUGUAUCUAUAUACAGGACAAAUAUGGAGAGGAAAUAUAUGUCGCAUUUUACCUGGACUAUGAUAAUCCAUUUCCGUUCUUCAGCUGGUCCGGUAUAAGACCAGGAUGUUUUAUUACCAUUGAUAAUCCAUUUAUACACUACUUUAUGGACGGAUCUGUAGGGCUGCGAAUUGAGGAACCAUCCGGGAUUUCAAUCAUAGACGUAUAAAGGAACAAUGAGAAUGUUUUAUACCCAUGCAGAAAAUAAAUGGAAAUUAUCACAUUUGUCCAAACAAUCUGAAUACUUUUAUUUUGCAUGUGCUAAUAUACAUAAAUAUUUUAAAACCAAUAAUAGCAUGUGUACUCGAUUAUGAUAAAUAAUAAUCUAAAAUGA